CGCGAUAACGCUCUAUUUUUCGCCCUUGCAACGCGCUUACACAGGAGAGAUCUUCCGUGAAACAGAGCGACCGUUAGGAGGUUAUCAUACACUGCGCUGCUGUGUUUACAGCAGCAGGGAUGGCAGACGACCUGGAUAUCGAGGCGAUGCUGGAAGCUCCGUAUAGGAAGGAGGACGCCAAGAACCCGAGUCCAGAGGGACAGGACGAGAACAGCAAGAGGAAGAAGCAAAGCCGUGACAAAAAGCGCAGCCGCAGUCGGGACAGGAAGAGAAGCCGGAGUCGAGAGCGGAAACGCAGCCGCAGCCGAGAGAAACGGCGAAGUCGCAGCCGGGAGCGCCGCCGCAGCCGAGAGAGGGGUGGGCGCUAUAAAGACCAUCACAAACACCGUCGAUUUUCCAGGAGUAAGAGUCCAGUCAGGAAGGAGAAGAGUCCGAUCAGGCUGCCGGUGGACAACCUGACUCCAGAGGAACGAGAUGCCCGAACAGUGUUCUGUAUGCAACUGGCUGCCCGUAUCCGACCACGAGACCUGGAGGAGUUCUUCUCUGCUGUGGGAAAGGUUCGGGACGUGAGGAUGAUCUCUGACAGGAACUCUCGCAGGUCGAAGGGAAUUGCCUACAUCGAGUUUGUGGAGGCCAGCUCAGUUCCUCUGGCCAUCGGACUGACAGGGCAAAGGCUGCUGGGAGUUCCCAUCAUUGUUCAGGCCUCCCAGGCAGAAAAGAACCGAGCGGCAGCUGCAGCCAACAACCUUCAGAAAGGAACAUCAGGACCAAUGAGGCUGUACAUCGGCUCGCUGCACUUCAACAUUACCGAGGAGAUGCUGAGAGGAAUCUUCGAGCCGUUCGGACGGAUCGAGAGCAUCCAGCUGAUGAUGGACAGUGAGACUGGACGCUCCAAAGGAUACGGCUUCAUCACAUUUUCAGACGCCGAGUGUGCGAAGAAAGCUCUGGAGCAGCUAAACGGCUUCGAGCUGGCGGGUCGACCCAUGAAGGUGGGUCACGUGACCGAACGCACUGACCCCUCCAUGGCUUCUUCUUUCCUGGAUAAUGAUGAGCUGGAGCGAACCGGAAUCGACUUGGGAACCACCGGCAGACUGCAGCUAAUGGCCCGGCUGGCUGAGGGUACCGGUCUGCAGAUACCUCCUGCAGCUCAGCAGGCAUUACAGAUGAGUGGAGCUAUCGCCAUUGGAGCCAUGGCUGCUGUGUCAGCUGCCAUGAAUCCAGCUCUGAACGUCAACAUGAGCUCUGGAGCUCUGAAUCUUCCAUCUCAGCCUCUGGCCACCCACUGCUUCCAGCUUUCCAACAUGUUUAACCCCAACAGUGAGGACGCUCCUGGGUGGGAGAUGGAUAUCCAACAUGAUGUCAUAGAGGAGUGCAACAAACAUGGAGGAGUCGUUCACAUCUACGUGGAUAAAAACUCACCUGAGGGCAACGUUUAUGUCAAGUGUCCAUCGAUUCCCGCCGCCAUGGCCGCCGUCAACUCCCUCCAUGGAAGAUUCUUUGGCGGUAAGAUGAUCACAGCAGCGUACGUCCCUCUGCCCACCUACCACAACCUGUUCCCAGAGUCCGUCACUGCCACACAGCUGCUGGCUCCGCCCCCACGACGAUGACUCACCAACAACACUGCCCUGUGAUUGGACACUGGAGAUUAGAGCCUACCCUUCUUUUAUUUCUUACCCUGCUAUAUUGGCUGUCAGGAUGAACUGAGUUUUUUUUUGUUUAUUUUCAUCUGGACAAACACAACUUGCUGUCCCCUGUGGUCACAUGGUCAGGUGACCACUUCUUGUUUAAUUUUUCAUUAUUCUUUAUGGGUGUGGUCUUCACACAGCCCUGCCCCUCUGAGUAUUGUCCAGUGAUUGGCUCUGUGAGCUUUGAGUGGGGGGGUGGGGCUGAUGAGACAGAGCCAGCUGAUUGGUUGUUUCGUAUUUAACUGUUUUUCUAGAUUUGAUUUUGUAAAAUUCUGGAUUAAAUUUUAUUUUCAUGUC